UCCAUAUCUUUAUAGUAAGAACUAUUUUUAGUUAAAACAUGGGGGACGACACCAACAUGGAGAGACUGGAGGAAUGCAAAGGGAAACUCACUGUGGUGUUGGCUUUGGUUACGCUCAUCUCAACAUUUGGCUCAUCAUUUCAGUACGGCUACAAUGUGGCUGUUAUCAACUCACCAGCUCCGGAGAUGCAGAGUUUCUACACCAGUGUGUGUGAGAGUCGAAAUGCCACAGUAACAAACAAUGUGUUAACCCUUCUGUGGUCCCUCACUGUGUCCAUGUAUCCACUCGGGGGCUUCUUUGGAUCUCUUAUGGUGGCACCACUGGUUAACAACUUAGGAAGGAAGGGCACUCUGCUACUCAACAACAUCUUUUCUAUUUGCCCCGCUGUAAUGAUGGGAGUCAGUGAGCUGGUGGGCUCAUUUGAAAUCAUUAUUGUUGCUCGCUUCAUAGUGGGCAUCUGUGCUGGGCUUUCAUCCAAUGUCGUGCCAAUGUAUCUGGGAGAGCUGGCACCCAAGAACCUAAGAGGAGCUAUUGGAAUCAUGCCUCAGCUUUUCAUCACUAUUGGCAUCCUUACUGCCCAGGUGUUUGGUAUCCGGAACAUUUUGGGCAACAAAGAAGGUUGGCCCAUUAUGCUGGCACUCACUGGUGUUCCUGCUGUUCUCGAGCUUCUUCUCCUGCCCUUCUUUCCUGAGAGUCCCCGCUACACACUCAUCCAAAGGGGUGAUGAGAAUAAUGCCAGGGCAGCACUACAGCGUCUGCGUGGCUGGGAGGAUGUGGAUGAGGAACUGAAGGAGAUGAGACUGGAAGCCCAUUCAGAGCGAGCUGAAGGCCAGCUUUCUGUGCUUAAACUGUUGACUCUCCGCUCUUUGCGCUGGCAACUGUUGUCUAUCAUCAUCAUAAACAUGGGACAGCAGCUUUCAGGAGUCAAUUCUAUUUAUUACUAUGCAGACAGCAUCUUUGCUUCAGCUGGAGUAAAAGAGAACCAUGUACAGUACGUGACCGUUGGAACAGGAUCUGUUAAUGUCCUAAUGACUAUUACUGCUGUGUUUAUAGUAGAGGCUUCUGGAAGAAAGCUGUUGUUGCUAAUUGGUUUUGGGAUCUGCUGUGUAGCCUGUAUCAUUCUUACCAUAGCUCUCAGCCUGCAGGAGACUCUGCACUGGAUGCCCUAUGUCAGCAUUGCCUGUGUCAUCAUUUAUGUCGCUGGCCAUGCCAUCGGCCCAAGUCCAAUUCCCACUGUGAUUACUACUGAGAUAUUCCGGCAGUCCUCCAGACCAGCUGCUUUUAUGGUGGGCGGAUCUGUGCACUGGCUCUCCAACUUCACCAUCGGUCUGGUCUUCCCAUUCUUAGAGAGAGAACUGAAGUCGUACAGCUUUAUUAUCUUUGCUUUUAUCUGCCUUGCCACACUCAUCUACAUUUGGGUGGUCAUCCCAGAAACCAAAAAUGCCACCUUCCUGGAGAUCAGCAAACUGUUUGCCAAGAAAAACAAAGUGGAGAUUGUGGUGGAAGAUGAGGAGUGUACGCUAAAAGAGUCAGCAGUGAAGGAACCUGAAAAUUCAAUUACAGCCUUUUGAAAGCAGUGUGACUAGCUGUUUAGAGCUUCUUCAAAUUAAGGUUCAGGGCUUCACCUCACGCUACACAAGAUUCAUCAGUUCACAAGUUCAGUGUGAAACACAGUCACGGAAUUUAGUAUCUCCAAUUCACCUCACUUGCAUGUCUUUGUACUGUGGGAGGAAACCGGAGCUCCCGAUGGACACCCACACAAACACGGGGAGAACAUGCAAACUCCACAGAGAAAGGACCCGGACCUCCCCACCUGGGGAUCGAACCCUGGACAUUCUUGCUGGUGCACUACAGAAGCUGAUCAUGUUUGCCCCCUGCAACUAUAUUAUUGUAAAUGUAAGGGUGAUAAUGAAAGUUUGGAAUGAUUUUUGGGUGUAUGCCUAUACCAAAUGUAAACAAACCAUCCCAACUUAGUGUUUUUUAAUGGUACCCGUUUCGAAUUAAUUGAUUCAGUAAAAGUUUCAGUUUCAUUGUGUUCUCCAGAUAUAAACAGCUUAUUUACAGUAGAAAAAACUAUUACGUUUAGAUUAAUGCAUCUUUAACAGUAAACACAGACCACAAAAGGAGAAUGUAGUGCAAAAAGAGACAAAACACAAUAGUGCUAUGUUGUAUGUGUUUAUUAAACGCCUUAUCUAUAUGGCCCAAAAAAUGUGGAAACCCUUUCUAAUUCAGCCACACUUAUUGCCAGCAGGUGCGUACAUUUCGUGCUUCUUACACUAUGCAAACAUUUUGGGGAAAGCUCUUUUCUGUUCCAGCAUGACCAGGUCUAUAGAGAACACUUUGUAGUAAAGGAGCUUUUGUGGCAUUCCCAGAGCCUUGAGCUUAGUCUCAAUGGAAACCUUUGUGAAUAAGUGAAAUGUGAGCGAGCUUAAGUCGUCUCAUCUAACAUCACUGCUACAACCUCCAAGUGAUCUUUUGAUUAAGUGGCACAAUGUCGCACCAAUCUUGUGAAAAGCUCUCACAGAACAGUGGAGGCUAUAUUCACAAAAGGUCAGCAAAAUCUAUAUAAAUGCCCAUGGAUUAGGAAUAAAAUAUUCAACAAGCUGAUGGUCGGAUAUCCACAUUUUUUUUUUUAUAUAAUGUUCAUGUAACAGAUUAACAGGAUGCCAAAAUUGCAUGUAUUUUGUUAAUUGAUUGUACAGCUUUACACAGAUCAUAUCAGUAAAUCAGUGUUAAUUUUGGAGAACACUGUUAUUGUAUUAAGUGCACCAGAACUGCAUAACACUAUAAAAUAAAUAAGUGUAACUGAAACAGCAUGAAUAAAUGUGUAUAUAUUAUACAUUUUACAUAUAUAUCAUGCAGAAUGUAUAAUAUAUACAUAACAUUGUACUUGCCUUUAUACGACCAAUGUACUCCAGCUCCAGCCAGUGCAAAACCCACCACAGCAGCAUGUAUAAGAGCAGUAAGCAGCUCCAUUGUGCGUCUGGACUGGAUUGUGAGAGAGCGAGAGUUACUCUGUUACUGUGGACUAAAGCAGCUGGGCACAGUGCAGCAGGAGGCGGGUUCAGACAUGCUGCAACCCCCAUGGCAAAAUCUGAUGAUUCUCCACAUGUCAAAUGUUUAUAUGAUUUUGUAUACAGCUAAAGUCAAACAUUCACAUAAAGUUGAACGGUCUUGUGUUCUAUUUCUGUCAAAUGUAUUAUGGGUCAUCUAAAACGAUGAAAAAUAUGGAUACACUAAACUAAA